UUGAAGAAGUAUGCGUAAGGAAACGACGUUGACAGUUACCGAAUUGGGAAAGGAAGAAGCAUUGAUUGUGUUUGGUGGAAGAUGAGUGAAUUGGUGUACAGAAUCAGUACGGCGAAGGAGUGGGAGGAGUUGCAGAGCAAUGGAUCCAGUUUCGGUGGGGACCUUGACAAGUCUUCUGCUUUCAUCCAUCUCAGCAAGCUCGACCAGGUUCGGUCAACACUGGAGAACUUUUUCCUGAACAGCAAGGAGGAACUCUACCUGCUUCAAAUUGAUGCUAAAAAGCUAGGUGAUGGUUUGGUGUAUGAAAUUGUGGAUGGUAAAAAUAGCUUCCCUCAUUUCUAUGGGCCAUCUCGAAGCUUUGUUCCUCUCCCUCUUGAUGCGGUAAUAAAAGCAGAGAAACUAACACUCACAGAUGGUCGAUUCAGUUGUAGUUUGCUUGAUUAAGUAUUCUGCUGAUCAUUUGCCAUCUUGUUGUUGUCUCAUUCUUCUUUGUAUUGAGUGCAUAAUCUGAAUGUUUGCCGCCUUUUAUCUAUCUUAGAAUCUCUGUAAUGGAUAAACAAAACCUUAAUACCUUCUUAAUGAAGGAGAUGGAUGCUGACAUGUUGCUGUUUGAAUCCUAUGUGGCUUUUUACAGACAGUAUCAUUUUUUUUA